AUGGCCCAGCCCUCUACCCCGGCCUCUCAGACAUCGAACUCCAUUUUUGGUGACGGCCUCUCCCAGCCCGACGCAUCGAGCCACCAGUCUUCGGCGACGCCAUUCACGAUGGCUGCUCCAACGCCCCCAUCCGCCGUUCCCGACUCCAACAACACUUACAUAAUGGCCAAUUCUCCCACCAAGGCCCGGCCGUCAGUCGAUGGCUACAGACCCAAGGUCACUCGUACUCUGGGACAGCGACCGGCAUGUCUUGUGAAUGCCUCGGUCACAUACUGUGGCAACAAUGAGAUAUACGCUUUUGGCGGCUUUGAUCAGUAUACCGAUGAGGUGUACAACCAUGUCUUGCGACUCGACCUUGUCAGCCACCAAUGGAGCCUGGUCGACAACUAUGGUGACAUCCCAGGUGUACGCAUGGGACACACUGCGACACUUUACCAAGGCGACAAAUUGCUCGUCUUUGGUGGCGAAAACGAACAUCGCACUUAUCUCUCCGAUUUAAUCAUCUUCGAUCUGAAAACUGCACACUGGACCCAGCCUACGGUCUCUGGCCCCAUACCAAAAGGUCGAGCGCGGCAUGCAGCGACACUGCACGAAGAUAAAUUGUUCAUCAUUGGCGGAAUCACCGGGACGAAUAAUUAUGUUCUUGACGACCUUUGCUACCUCGAUCUGAAAACAUUUACUUGGUCUAAAACAUGGCGCUUUAUUGGCCGGUUUGAUCAUUCCGCCUACAUCUGGGGAGAGCGCUUGUGGGUGUUCGGCGGCCUCAGUGAGGACAUGGACAAGGUUAGCGAUAUGUGGUGGUUGGACCUGAAGGGUGUACCCGAGUUCGACUCACGACCCCAAAUCGGCGUCUACGAUCGACCCGCUAGCGGCAACCGUACCGAUUCUCCUCGACCACCAUACACAAUGGGCCACAGCCCUGCAGUCGGGACAUCUGGAUACGCCGCCAACUCGCGUACGGCUCAGGUCAACCCCCCAUCUGUACAACUGAAGGCAUACGCACCAGUUGCCCCCGGUGCGAUAUCUGCUUUGAAAUUUACUUCGGGCCCCAACAGCCCGUCGCAGGGCUCUGGUAUUCACUUUCACAUAUACUCGUCAGGCACACUGCUCGACUUUGUGUCACCGGCCGCUACCAUCACGCAUCGCGAAUGCUCUCUGUCUGCACUUGACUUGACUACAUUGCGAUGGCAGAAGUUGGCAGAUGGUCAAGAAAUGUUCAAAUCAGGGUAUCGAUGGCACUAUUGUACUAUGAAUGAAGAUGGCACGAAGGCCUGGCUGCUUGGCUGCCCUCUUGAUCCUAUCGGUCCAGAAUUCGGACCCGGGGGCUACGAGCUAUAUCUUAGUGAUGUUAUGGAAGUUGACCUUCGACGUUACGGCCUUCUUGGAAAUAAUUUGGCACCACAAGCCAGUGUCGAAGCCCGACCUUCGGCCUUGGCGCGGCCGCUCGACCAACCAUCCCACGGCCUUGGCGCAGACUUGGCCAAGACGUUUGAUAAACCACCCGAGUCGGGCAGCGGCACAGACUUUGUCAUCACCGCGCUUGCGGAUGGCGCAGAAGACGAUGACAUGCUCAGCUCGGGUCUGAUUCGCAGUGCGGAAGAGCCUACAGAGAACUGGCUGGCACCCGAUGCUACAACUUCAAGGCCCAUCUAUGUUCACAAGCUGAUUCUGCAAGCUCGCUGGGCCCAUUUUGCGCGACUUUACAACGCUCAGAUGGCUGAGUUCCAUACGAAAAAGAUGCACAUACCAGAGCCGUAUCCUGUCGUACGCGCAUUCCUACUCUACCUAUACACAGACAGCAUCCACGGCAACGUCGAAGCUGGCGGCGAAUCCCUCACCGGCAUUGACGAGGUUACAGGCCUGCUGGUCAUGGCCAACAUGUACGGCAUCCCGCACCUGCGGCUGCUCUGUGUCAACCGCCUCGCCAAGGAGCUCGACGUGGAAAACGCCUGCCUGAUCUGGUACUCGGCCGGCCUCGCCGACGAGGAGUGGCUGCGCAAGCGCGCGGCCGGCCUAUGCAUGACGCACUGGGGCCGCAUCGUCCGCACGCAGGGCUUCUUGCAGCUGCCGCGCCACGCGCUCGUCGAGCUCUCGCAGGAGAUUGACAUGGAGGGCCGCGUCGUGGCCGGCGAGGAGCUAGAGUGGUCCAGCAUGGGUGCCGGCGGCGGCGGCGGCCGCUACGGCAGCGACGAUCGCAAGGGCAGCGUCGGCAGUAACCAGCUUGCCGAGUCGUCCGAGGUGGACGAGGACGACGGCAUGGAAAUCAACUAA